AGCGGCCUCUAAUCAUAAUCAUAAUAAUCGUUUGCAAUGGAGCAAAGUACGUUUGCGACAGCCGGUUCGCCAAACCGAACAGUUACGAAUAAUGAGGUUGUUGAGAAGGACAUCAGGGAGAUUUGCGCAGAGGUGCUGCGCCGCCCGGUGGGAAAGAUCAAGUUGGACAAGUCCUUCAUCGCGCAAGGAGGGGACUCUUUGCUCGCAAUCAAGCUGAUGGCGCGCUGCGGGGAGGCGGGGUAUACAAUCACCAUCAACGAUAUGCUCCAAGCGACGAGUAUCCGAGAGUUAUGCCAGUCUGUAAAACUAGCAGAGGGGAGCAGCGCGCCAGGGAAGCUCAGCUCAGGCCCGGUGCUGGACGGGCCUGCGCAGCCUGCCGAGAUACGGACGAAGCCAUUAACAGAGGCACAGAAGUUGUAUGCCUCGACGAAGGCUUGGGAUGCCAAAGUUUUCAAGUUAGAAGGUGGAAUCGCAGAAUCGACGCUUUAUGCGGCACUGAAAUUGCUCGUCAGCCACCACCCCAUCCUCCGAGCGAACUUUACAACACUUGAAAAUAAUGACUUGGGACUCACAUACAAUGAUACGAUCGACGCCUUCGCCCAUCGAAGAAUCGAGAUUCCGACGAUCUCAACGCAAGCAGAGCAGGGAUACCUGACCGUGGGCUGGGAAGCGGACGGGAAGAGAGAGGAUGGACUCUUCGCCGCCACGGUAUUUGUGCAAAAAGACCGUGACCACGGCACGUGCCUCGCCCGCUAUCUUCGGCUCGACUUUCACCGGGCCAUCAUCGAUGUCUCGUCUUGGGAUAUCCUUCAGCGCGAUUUGGACCAUGCAGUACUCGGAAAGCCGCUUGCUCGCGGGUAUCCAGAGACUUCGUUUGACUCCUGGGCUUCCACUCACAACCUAAGCGACUUUACAUUCAGACGCUCGACGCCGGUCGAAAGCACAAACGAUGAGCGGAACACAAAUGAAAGACAACACAAUAGACACCAAAAUGAUGGCAAAAUCGAGUUGGCUGAUGUGGUUAUCCUGGAAACAGAUGCAGCUGGUCUGGCGAAGCUGGAGGAUGAAAGCAUCCACUCUGUGCUUCGCACUCAGCCAGAGGAUUUUAUCGUUGCCGCACUACAUAUCGCACUUAAAGGAGUAACCAGGUCGGAGGAGACGUUGAGCUUUGGUAUAAUCUCAAACGGCAGGCACAGUGGCGGUCCUAAGCUGUCAGCUACAGUAGGGUGCUUCGACAAUAUCAUCCGCCGGUCCGUGGAAAGAGCAGAAGAGGACGGUGGACUUGGAUUCCUACGGAAAGUCAAGGAUACACGGAUGGGCUUCUUUAAUGUCUCUCGCAUAUCAGGAGUCGAGGAUCGCAGUCGAUAUGUUCUGUUACAUAUGGGGCAACUGGGGAGAACGACAGCGCCAAUAGCUGAUACCCUCCAUGAGCUUUUCCACCAGGAUGACUUCUCCAUACUUCCUCACGGGUGCCUAGCAUUUGUUGAACCUUUCUUGGAGCAACAGCAGCUAAAGCUUCGUCUUCGGUCCAGGUCUGCAGAGCUAGGGCGGGAAAAACUAGGUCAGCUUGCUGGCUUGUUUCGCGCUGCCCUGAAGGAACUGAUUGCUGAGUGUGAGAUGAGCGAAGUGCAAGGAACACUAAGCGACUUUCCUUUCCUCAAACUGACAUACUCAGAGCUGGACAACCUUGUUUCAUCUCGGCUCAAGGCUGUAACGGGCGACCCUUUCCGCGACGUGGAAGCAGUAUUCCCCUGUGGGCCGCGACAGGAAGCCUUCUUGGUGGCUCAAGCUGUUUACCCCGAUCUGUACCAGUGUUCCUUUGUAAUUAAAUUGAGCUCCGAGGAUCUGAAUGUCGAACUAGACUGCGGGCGUCUUCGAGACGCCUGGGUUCGCCUCGUGGCACGCCAUCCAGCUCUUCGGACCGUGUUCAUUGAAAGCCCAAAUCGCCAAGGGCACUUCGACCAGGUGGUAAUGAAGCAGGGCAUUAGCUCCAUCACUUUCUUAGAGAACGAGGGUGAAGAGGCAGCUCGCCGUCUCGCGUGUCGCCGUCCAGUAACUUUCAAGAGCUACGGCCAAACUCAUCAAGUGACAUUUUGCAGAAUCUCACCAUCCUCUGUCUACCUCCGUCUUGAUAUGUCACACGCCGUUGUUGAUGGGCUUUCCGCUCUGGUCCUGAUGCGGGACCUUUUUCAACUCUAUAGCAAACAGAAGCUGGCCAGUCGUGUCAUGGCCUACCAAGACUUUGUCAACUACCAAUCACGGCUGCCUAUGCAAGAAUCCAUGACUUACUGGUCCAACUACCUUGCAGGAGCCCAGCCAUCCCAUUUCCCAUUGUACGGAGACCAGUUGAGUCGCGAAGACCUUCGUACCGUCAGAUCAAACAUUCAGCUGGGCUCUGAUGUCCUAGGGGAAUUCUGUGCAUGGGCACUAGUGCUCAGGUCCUACACCGGGUUGGAAGAUGUGUGUUUCUCGUAUGCAACGUCGGGGCGGGAUGUUCCUCUUAAAGGAAUCAACAAUACGGUUGGAGCCUUCCUAAACGCAGUGGUCUGUCGCAUCAAGCUGCCGCCUACUGCAACAGUUCCGCAGGCUUUGGUGAAAGCUAGGAACGACUUCGUGGAAAGCCUCUCACAUCAGUACUACUUAGCCUUGGAUGAUGCGCAAUCUGGGGACUUUGCCCGUUUCAAGAGCAACACAUUAAUGUCAUGCCAACGAAAAGCUGCAACUGAAUUAGCGGGAUCUGGGCUUGCUUUUGAGCUUGUUGAUGCUGCCAACCCCAAUGAAUAUGACAUGUCCAUAAACAUCCAAGUAGGGCAUGAGGGAUUGGAAGUAAUGAUUGAUUACUGGAACUCACGGAUUGGCCAGCGCACGGUGGAGAGUGUGGCACAAUCCUUCCGGCAGGCGCUCCUGAACAUCGUCAAAGAAGAAGAUGCCGUGCUGGGAGAGAUUGAUAUUAGUACCACUCAAGAAAUCAAUCAGCUUCGUGAAUGGGCCAAGGAGAUCCCACCAAAGGCAGACUAUCGUAUCCACGACAAAGUGUAUGAACAGCGACUCCGCCGACCCGAUGCUUGGGCUGUUCAGGGCUGGGACGGCGACUUAACAUAUCAGCAGCUGGACGACACGGCUAACCAGCUGGCAUCCUACCUCAUUCGCUUAGGCGUGCAGCCCGAGACUAAGAUCCCAAUCUGCUUCGAAAAAUCGAAAUGGGCAGUGAUAUCACAACUAGCGAUCCUCAAGGCUGGUGGAUGCGUUGUUCCUCUUGGAACGACACAACCAGCAUCGAGAACCAGGCUAAUCCUAAAGGACCUACAAGCCACAAUCAUCCUAACGUCAGGGAAAUUUGCCUCCCGCUUCAUGGACCUCGUGACCCAUACAGUGGUCAUUGAUGAAGCGUUCAUGGCCGAACUACCACCUUCCGAAAUGGUCCCCUGCCUUGCAACAGUCGAUAACGCCGCCUUUAUCAUCUAUACCAGUGGAUCCACUGGUGUUCCGAAGGGUGUUGUGCUCCCUCAUGCAAGUCUCUGUACGAGUCUUGAGCAUAUGGGUGCUAGAUUCAAGCUUAGUCCAGAUACUCGCACAGUGCAGUUUUCGGCAUAUACCUUUGAUAUUUCCAUUCAAGAUAUAUAUACCACGUGGCACUACGGCGGCUGCCUGAUCAUUCUCUCAGAAGAGGAUCGUAUCAGCAAUCUAGCACCGGAAAUGGUGAAAUAUCAGGUUAAUUGUGCGGGGCUAACUUCAACGGUGGCUGGAACGAUAUUCCCGCAAGAUGUGCCAACCCUGAAGAAGUUGGUCCUACUCGGGGAAGCCGUCAAGCAAGCGGUCGUAGAUCAAUGGAUUGGUCACGUAGAGGUCUACAACGCGUAUGGGCCGUCAGAAUGUUCGAUGCAAGCCAGUAUCAACCGAUUGACACCUGGUUGCAAUGCACUAAACAUCGGCUGGGCGUUUGCGGGGGCUCUUUGGGUUGUUGACCCCAAUGACUACAAUCGCCUUGUCCCAAUCGGAGCACCAGGAGAAUUACUCAUUGAAGGGCCAUUGCAAGCUCGUGGGUAUCUCAACUCUCCCGAGAAAACCGCAGCAGCGUUCGUCGUAGACGCGGCAUGGAUGAUAAAGAACGGGUUUGGAUCCGGCCGACGCCUCUACCGGACUGGAGACCUCGUACAGCAGAACCCAGAUGGUUCCAUCACGUACAUUGGCCGCCGUGAUACACAGAUUAAAGUGAGGGGACAACGGGUUGAGGUUGGUGAGAUCGAGCACCACCUCCUACAACAAGACGCAGUUCUCGAUGCAGCGAUAAUCUACCCUAAACAAGGACCCUGCAAAGAUCGAUUGGUCGGCCUUCUCACCUUGCGCGAUUUCUUUUGCGGAAAACGUCCAGGACAAGACAUAAUACCUAUACCAAGUGGAAAACUUUCUCACACAAAAAGUCAACUGGCUGCUGCAUCGGAAGAGCUCUCAAAUCAUGUUCCUGAGCAUAUGGUCCCAAAGAUCUGGAUUCCUUUGGAAAGCAUGAUGCCACAAAACGACUCAUCAAAAUUGGACCGCAAAAAAUUGGGGGUGUGGCUUGAGGCUAUUGAUACAGCGUUCCUGGAAGCUCUCACCAAGUCUUCUGACGCUGGCUCUGAGAGUCGAGAGCCCGAAACGCUUCUAGAACGCCAAGUCCAACAAGCAUGGGCCGAUGUGUUGCGUUUGCCGCCUACUCAAAUUCCUAUAGAGCACAAGUCAUUCCUAAGUGUUGGGGGAGACUCCAUCACUGCCAUGCAUGUCGUGUCCUGGCUGCGGGUGCGGGGGAUUACGGUAGCGGUGCGAGAUGUGCUUGAAAGCAAGUCCGUGGCUCAGUUGGCGCAAACCGCAGAAGUAAAGGAUGAGAAGACGGAAGGCCACCAAUCUCUUCUGUCGCCUAUGCAGAAGUGGUAUUUCGAGUCCAUUGCCGAUCCUGAGUUGCCUCUGAAGUCCAGUGGUGCCCACAGAUACAAUUCCAAUAUCUGCUUGGUACCUCGCAAACUUUUUGAAUAUUCAGAACUAGCUCAAGCCGUGGGUGCGCUUGUCGACAGACAUCCUAUUUUACGUUCCAGAUUUCAGCGUCAUAACGUCGCUGGGUGGCAACAGAGUCUACACAGUGAUGGUGAUCAACCGUUUGCGUUGAGGCAUUACACUGUAUCUACCAGCGAGGAGGCGGAGGCCCUUAUUGUGGAGGCUCAGGGCAGUUUAGACCUAGAGCAAGGUCCCGUAUUCUUCGUUGAGUAUAUCCAAGUGGAAGACGCUCGAAAUACAGAUCUUCUAUUCAUGACAGCCCAUCGCCUGGUAGUCGACGAAGUGUCCUGGGACAUCAUUCGCCGAGAUAUAAGUGUGCUUCUGGAAGGACAGCAGUUUCCAACUUCUAACCCGCUAUCAUUCCAGACCUGGAUCAAACUACAAGCCCAACGGAGCCAGAACCUUGAGGGAAUAGUUUUCAGAUCUGAUCUGCCACCUGCUGACUUUAAGUACUGGGGCUUGAACGAUGGCAAUACCUACGAGGACGAAACGGUCGAAGAAGUGAUCUUCAACAGCCACGACACGAAUGCAUACUUUAGGGACGCAAACAGAGCCUUACGUACAGAACGUGUGGAGAUUCUUCUUGCUGCACUGUUGAAGUCCUUCCAGAAAACUUUCCCAAAUCGCCGACUCCCAGCCGUUUUUGAAAUUAACGAUGGCCGAAACGUAGGUGAUAGUGGACUUGACUUCUCAAACACAGUUGGCAACUUCGAAUGUAUGACACCUAUACACAUCUUUCUCGAUGAGCCACACAACGGCUUGGAUAUUGUAAGACAGACUAAGGACGCAAGACGCAGCGCCUUCGGAAGGGUUCUAUCGGACGGUCAACAAGCUUUCACUGACCGAUGGGUUGAAGUGCUCUUUCAAUAUUCCGAAGGACUCGCAAGCGAAACUAUUUUCGAGACAGUAGAUCUCACUGGACCUGGGACAUCUCCAGUUGGCAAGAGUACCCGUCGUGGAUGUGUGUUUAAUGUCAACGUCAUUGCGUACCCCGAUAAGUUGCGUAUUCGCUUCAAGUUCAAUCGCAACAUGAAGUACCAGGAGAAGAUCCGGGAUUGGGCUGACUCCUAUGCCAAUGCCAUCAGUGCCCUUGGUACUGAGUUGUCAGGAGCGUCGCCGACUCUAACUGUGACUGAUUUCCCACUGCUGCAUUUAACAUCUGAGAGCCUCAGGGUUCUUCAAGAUGAAAUUUUGCCUGACGCCGGCUUGAACUGCUCUGAUGUUGAAGACAUCUACCCAUGUUCUCCAAUCCAACAAGGCAUACUUAUCAGCCAAGUGAAAUCACCAUCCGAAUAUUAUAUCCAGCAAUCUUUUGAGAUCAUACCGACCACUUCCUCUGGCAAACUUGACCAUACUCGUCUUCUUGCUGCCUGGCAGGUCUUGAUAAACCGCCACCCCAUGCUUCGAACACGAUUCGUCCGUUCGGCAUCCGGAUCAAGCGAGCGUUUGUUUGAUCAGGUGGUCCUCAAGUCGUGCAAGGCCGAAGCUGAGCAUGUCGAGUGCACAGACGACGAUCUUUUCAGAAACCUUGCCGUCAAAGCUACUCUAGAUGAACGACAUAUUGACAAGCGCAUCGGUCAUAAGCUUACGAUUUAUUCGACCUCUUCCAACCGGACGUUCGGCAAUAUCAUUAUCAGCCACGCACUCGUAGACGCCUCAUCUCUCAUGAUCAUACAGGCCGAGCUUGCCCAGGCAUAUGAUGGCAAGCUGGCGCCUGACACCAUCGGCGCUGCUUAUAGCGAAUAUAUUUCGCAUCUGCAGAAGAUACCCGCGGAUCAGGCGUUGGAUUACUGGGCCAAGCGCCUUGCUGACGCAGAGCCAUGCUACCUUCGAGGCAUGACAGAGGAUGGAAUGCAGCCAGCUACUGCUGAUGACUCCACACCAAGGAGGCCCAUGCAAACAGUAUCAAUUGACAUCAACUGCAUUGAAAAGCUACAUAGCUUCACCGAAACCUAUGGUGUCACAAUUGCCAACGUGUUCCAGCUCGUCUGGGCCAUGGUUUUAGCCCAGUACACCGGCUCGCCUAAUGUGUCCUUUGGCUAUCUAUCAAGUGGUCGCGACGUCCCUGUCAAAGAUGUUGAGACCAUGGUAGGCCCCCUAAUUAACAUGAUGGUCACUCAUAUCAAACUAGACAUGGAGGCCAGUGCUCAGAACACACUCAAGCAAAUACAAGAGAACUUCUUUGAGAGCUUCAACUACCAGAGAGCACCCUUGGUUGAGAUUUGGCACGCCCUUCAGCUCCAGGGCAGAAGCUUGUUCAACACAGCGCUUUCCUAUCGCCAUAUUGUUUCAGCAGAAAAACAUCAGCUCAGUCUCGCGCUAGAGCAGAUCACCGGUGAGGAUCCCACAGAGUAUGAUGUGACGGUCAGUGUGUUCGCAUCGCCAGAAAAGAUAUCCGCUUCUCUGCAGUACUCGCCAGAUUUUCUUUCCUACGAUAGCGCGAACAGGUUGCUCGGCUGUGUCCGGCAGGGAAUCCAAUCCCUCGUUACUAACGGAGAUACCCAUGUCGGACAGCUAAACACCGUAACGCCGAAGGAUAUCCUGCAAGUCCGUGCUUGGAAUGACAAGAUUCCUGCCGUUGAUGGAUAUUGUCUUAUCCAUGACUUAUUCAAUGAACAGCGGCUACUCCGACCUAACGCAACAGCCGUCUGUGCCUGGGAUGGCGACUUAACAUACCAACAACUGGACGAGAUGAGCAAUGCGCUGGCUCACCACCUAGUGACCUUGGGAAUUGGUCCCGAAGUAAUGGUAGCGCUGUGUCUGGAUAAAUCUAAAUUCGCCAUCAUUGCUCAGCUCAGUGUCCUCAAGGCAGCUGGCGUCGUUGUGUCAAUCAAUCCAAAGCACCCAACGCAGCGCCUGGAACUCGUCCUCAAAGAUAUAAACGCAAAGGUGAUGCUGACGUCGCAUCAGUAUUCAUCUCAGUUCAGGAACCUUGUCCCGCAUAUUCUGCACAUGGACGAGACACUAUUUUCUGCCCUUUCUUCACAACCCCAGCCUCCAAGUACGAAUGUUACCCCCAACAACGCUGCCUUCAUUAUCUACACAAGUGGCAGUACCGGUAUGCCAAAAGGUGUCAUUUUAACCCAUCUUUCUCUAUGUUCCAGCUUCCGCGCUCAUGGCAAGAUUUACGAAAUGUCUCCCAGUACUCGUUCACUCCAAUUCGCUGCCUACACGUUCGAUGCCAGCAUUAGUGAUAUCUGGGGCACUAUGUCGCAUGGGGGGUGCGUCUGUGUCAUAUCAGAAGAGGAGCGCAUGAACAACCUUCAGGGCGUUAUUGAGGCUUAUGGUGCUACUCACGCACAGGUUACUCCAACUGUGGCUAGCUUGCUGGAUAUUGCGAACAUCAAGUGUCUUACCACACUAAUUCUCGGGGGAGAGGCCGUCAGGGAGGCCAUGAUUGAGGAGCACGCCAAGGCAGCGGGAAGAGUCAAGGUUUUGAACGGAUAUGGUCCGAGUGAGUGCUCGAUUUACACGACCUGCAGUGCAGCUCUCGUCCAAAAGAAACAGGCACUCAACAUCGGCCGACCGCUUGUGGGGAGCGUCUGGGUAAUUGCCAACGGCGAAUCCAUUUGUCCCAUUGGCGCUGUCGGCGAACUCUGGGUUGAAGGCCCGUUACUGGCUCGCGGGUAUCACAACGAUCCGAAGAAGACGAAGGCAGCUUUUGUCACGAACCCUAAGUGGGCGAAGGCAAUCAGACUUGAAGGUCAUCGAUUCUAUAACACCGGCGAUCUCGUUCGUCAGUCUCCAAACGGCGACUUGAUCUACCAAGCUCGAAAGGACUCCCAGGUUAAGGUCCGUGGCCAGCGCGUUGAAAUAGGGGAGAUUGAGUACCGCGUUAAGAAGUUAUUGCCAGCUGUGAAGAGUCUUGUGGCAAGCCUUAUCACCCCUGGUGGCAAUUCCCCCAACAUAAUGAUUUCUGUUGCGAUGGAACUCAGCGAUGAUUUCCUUCAGAGGCAUUUGUUAUCCGCCCCAUUUCACGAAAUAUUCCUCCCCAACGCCCCUCACCUGCGAGAUGCAUUUUCUCAGCUUCAUGCCUCUCUACUAGAGGUCCUACCCUCGUACAUGGUGCCACGGCUUUUCGUUCCGGUAGUGCACCUCCCUCAGACAACGUCUAGCAAACUCGACCGUCGCACGAUCAAGCAGAUGCUGGAGAACCUGCCGGGUGAUGUCCUCUUCCAGUACUCCCUUUCAACCAGUUUGAGUGUUGCACCAUCCACCUUUAUGGAGAAGAAGUUACAGUCGCUAUGGGCCACUGUGCUUAACGUAGACCAGGACCAUGUAGGUGUCCAAGACCACUUCCUUCACUGCGGGGGCGACUCAUUCACCGCGAUGCGCCUCGUUUCCCUGGCAAAUGCCAAAGACAUCCCGAUAAGCGUUGCCGACGUCUUCCGGUAUCCUAAGUUGCAGGAGAUGGCCGCUCAUCUUGAAGCUCAGAUGGGGCGCCGCCGGGACGUACAGGAUAUUCCUCGGUUUGGGCUUUGGAAGGAAGCCCAACAGACAGAGGCUUCUGUCAGUGAGAGGGAACUUCUCCGUGUUGCAAAGUUAUGUGAUGUUGCAGUCCACGAUAUUGAGGAUGUGUAUCCAUGUACACCCCUCCAAGAAGGUCUCAUGGCUAUCACCACUCAGCAACCAGGGUCUUAUAUUGGCCGCUGGGUUUUCCGAAUCCAAGAAGCUGUUGAUACUAACGCAUUUAAACGGGCAUGGUCAUCACUGACCCAAAAGGCACCAAUCCUGCGUACGCGCAUUGCGCCCAGUCAGUCAGGUGGACUUCAAGUGGUAGUCCGUGAGUCUGUCGCGUGGGGUGGAGACCUGAACCUCAAGCAGUACUUGGAUAAAGACCUACAACAAUCUUUCGGUUACGGCCAGCCCUUGGUGCGACAAGCCUUAAUUUACAGCGGCAACAAGCGAUACUUCGUACUCACAGCUCACCACAGUGUAUACGACGGGUACAGUUUAAGAAAGCUGUUUGACGCGGUGGCACUCCUCUAUGAUGGAAAAGAGCUCGCUCCAACUCCUGCAUUCUCAAGAUUCAUCUCGUACAUAGGUCAACAAGAUCUAAAGGCCGCUAAGUCGUUCUGGCAGUCUCAGAUCAAGAGAAAAGUUGGGGCACCGUUCCCCUCUCUUCACAAGCUUUCGUACCGGCCACAGCCUACUCAGAAGUUGAGCUCGAGCGUCGAAAUUCGCCCAGUUGGAGGGCCCAAUACGCUAGCUUCUUCUCUAAGGGCUGCUUGGGCACUGGCAAUCUCCGCCUACGGUGGCAAUGAUGUCUUGUUUGGAGUUGCACUCUCUGGGCGCUCUGCGCCAGUUCCCGGCAUUCUGGACAUGGCGGCACCAACAAUUACAACUGUCCCAGUUCAUGUGCAUAUCAACCCGGAACAAACGAUCAAUCAAUAUCUCACCAUGGUUCACAAGCAAAGCGUCGACAUGAUACCGUUCGAGCACACAGGCUUGCAGAACAUUCGCCGCUUCGUUGGCCAGAUCGAUCUUCCACAUCUUUUCGCCGUGCAACCAGCGCAAGAACGUGAGAGUUCUGUACAUGGUAAGCUCCUAGCGUACGAGCAUGGUCAUGUUCCAGAGCUCAACCUCGACGGUUAUGCCCUUACCGUCGAGUGCGUUACUAGUGAUAUAUCCGAUAUCCCAGUUACGAUUGAGGCGCACUUUGAUGAAAGAAUGAUUUCAGCUUCCCAGACGAAUGAUCUGCUCAGCCGCUUUAGUCACAUUGUCACUCAGCUUGUUACUAACGGCAGAGAUCAAACGCAACUAAAGUAUCUUGAUUUAUUGAGCAAGGACGAGGCCAGACGACUCUUCCAGUUCAACCAAGGUAUUCCCCCGGUCAAGCAAGCUUUGGUUCAUGAACUAGUUUCUCAGCAUGUUUCAACCAACCCUUAUGCCCCUGCGGUAUGUGCUUGGGAUGGUGAUCUUACGCGUGAAGAGCUAGACCGCCUAGCAAACAAGCUAGCUCUAUACCUCACUACGCUUGGGGUAAUACCAGAGACCAUGGUUGCUCUUUGUUUUGAAAAAUCAAAAUGGGCUUUGGUCGCAAACCUCGCUGUUUUGAAGGCUGGGGGCGCGGUUGUCCCUAUUCGAGCUGAUCCCAUUCAGCGUGUGCAAAACAUCUUGCAACAGACUGGCAUUACAACGAUCCUCGCCUCUGAGGGCUUUGCCUCGGCGCUUGAAGGUUUAGUGCCUAAUGUAAUAACUAUAGGCGAUGAUCUGAUCCAGUCGCUCCCAAGCCCUGUCACGCAGCCCAUCUCAACCGUUACACCUUCCAAUGCUGCGUUCGUCAUCUUCACUUCCGGGUCGACUGGAAACCCCAAGGGUGUCGUCGUUGAGCAUGGCGCUAUGUCAACCAGCAUGCAGGCACAUGGCAAGAAGUUCGGCAUGAACUCAGAGACCCGCGCCUUCAAUUUCGCCCACUUUACGUUCGACAUCUCGCUCCAUGACAUUAUAUCAACGCUGCAAUUCGGCGGCUGUGUUUGCAUGCCAUCAGAAAGAGAGCGAGUAAAUAACAUGGCCGAUGCAAUGAAUCGUAUGGGAGUUAACUACUCGUUCCUUCCUCCACGUGUUAUACAUACCAUCAAGCCGUCUGACGUGCCGGGCCUCAAGACCUUAGUGGUAGGUGGUGAAGCGGUGCAACCAGAAUACCUGGAACCCUGGCUAAAUGGUGUUCGUGUAUUCAAUGCCUACGGCCCCGCGGAAUGUAGUAUCGCCGCCACCUGCAAUGAGGUUGCCAAUAAAGCGGAUGUGCCGAAUAUCGGCCGUGCGAUAGCAGGUGGCCUCUGGGUGGUGGAUGAGAACAACUACAACCGACUUCUACCUCUUGGGGCAGUGGGUGAGCUUCUGAUCGAGGGUCCUCUACUCGCUCGAGGCUACUUGAACGACCCUAUUAAGACAGCCAAUGCAUUUAUUUGCAAUCCUGCCUGGAUCUCCCGGUACUCUGAACACGACCAUUGUUCACAGCGCCGCGAGCGGCGCAUGUAUCGCACUGGUGAUCUGGUACGUCAGAUGGAAGACGGAUCACUUAUCUAUGUCGGACGACGCGAUGGUCAAGUCAAAAUUCGCGGCCAACGAGUCGAAAUCGGGGAAAUUGAGCACCAUGUCACCGAGCAUCCUUCUGUGGUAGAGAAUGUGAUAGUUUACCCUCACUGUGGCCCAGCCCAGUUGCAGCUCGUUGGGAUAUUGACAUUGCAUGGAUUCAUUUCUUCUGACGCAGAUGAGGGAAUCCAAACCACGCCCCUCGACCAGCUUCCCCAUGCCCUGCAGCAAGCUUCAUCCGUCCGUGAUCACCUACACUCUUGUAUUCCCGAGUAUAUGGUUCCCAACUCCUGGAUAUCACUUGCAGCAAUGCCGCACAACAGUUCCGACAAGAUUGAUCGUCGCCGACUCACGCAAUGGCUGGAGACCAUGGAGGUGGAACAUUUUAAAAUCCUCACGCAAAGCUACACGGAGGGUACGACAACUCCAAGCACAUCCGAAGAAAAAAACAUCCAAGCUGUCUGGGCCGAUGUACUCCACGCUUCGAUUGGAAAGGUCCCUAUGAGUCGCCCGUUCUUGGCUGUGGGUGGUGACUCAGUUACUGCUAUGCAAGUCGUGUCAAAGUGUCGCAGCCAAUAUUCCAUCUAUGUUACUGUUCGCGAUGUGCUGCAAUGCGAAUCAAUCUCUCAACUGGCGAAGAAGGCUGUGAUUAAGACCACGAGUCCCAACACUGACACUCAGCUCUCUACCUCUUCAAUCGAUCAAGCUCCAGCCGCUACAAGCGCACCAACGGCCUUUGAUAUCAACGCCAGCGACUUGUCUAAGCUUGAGACCGACGUGCUUCCGCGGACCGGCGUCGAGAACCUUUCUGCAAUUGAGAGCAUUUACUAUUGCUCCCCUAUCCAACAAGGCAUCUUGAUGAGCCAGAUCAAGGACCACACAACAUAUCAAGUGCGCCAGGCCGGAGAGAUUCGUGCCGCUGAUUCUUCACCGGUCGACAUGAACCGACUCCUACGCGCGUGGCAGUUGGUUGUGCAGCGACAUGCUAUUCUACGUACAUUCUUUGUCCCUAGUCCAUCGGGACGGGAACUCUUCUAUCAAGUUGUACUCAAAAGAUACACUCCAACAAUACCAGUGCUGCAGUCUUGCAGUAGUGAUGAUUUCCUUGCUCAAUUCGAAGGACUCGAACGUCCGGAGUACGCCCCCGGGCAGCCGCCUUACCAGCUCACCCUAGCCCAAGCUUCUACAGGGCAAGUUUACGCCCAGGUUGAUGUCAACCACGUUCUAAUGGACGCCUCAUCCAUGGAUCUAAUUCUCAAUGAUCUCAUUCUGGCAUAUGAUAAUAUGCUUCCAGACUCGCCUGCUCCAUCAUAUGGCAUCUAUGUCUCGUUCCUGCAACAGACCUUCGCUUUCGACUCCCUGAACUACUGGACGAAUCACCUUGCUGGUGCAGAGCCGUCAUGCCUUCCUGCCUCUUCUAAUCUAGACUCCGGAAAGCGCUCCUUGAGAACGGUUUCUCUCGAAGUAGAUAACAUAAAACCUCUGCAAGAUUUCAGAGACACGCAUGGAGUUACGAUUGCAAACAUCACACAGCUCGCCUGGGCCACGGUUUUAUCUCGGUAUCUUGGUUCCCGCGAUGUCAGCUUUGGCUAUAUUUCAAAUGGCAGGGAUGCUCCAAUCGACGGGAUACACGAGAUGUGCGGGCCCAUGAUUAACUUAAUGGUGUCUAGAGUUCAACUCGCACACCCCGGCACUACCGUGGCUGAAGCCGCGAAGCAGGUUCAGCACAAUUUCUUAGAUGCCUUCAAUCACCAGCGAACCUCUCUUAGCGAUAUCCAGCACGCUCUUCAUCUAUCUGAGCGCGGCCUCUUCAAUACAACCAUGAUCUACAAGCCCAAGCCGAUGAUGGAUACUCACGAAAAGCGAAGUCUGGUGAUUGAAAGCCUCGCCGGCGAAGAUCCUACCGAAUAUGAUGUACAGGUUAAAAUUGUGAGUGACGAUAAAAGUCUAUCACUAGACCUUGAAUACGCCACCACUUUUAUCGACGAACCGUCAGCCCGACGCCUGUUGGGUAGCUUCGGCCGCGCAUUAUCUUCUAUUGCCGCAAACCCCGACGCAAACAUCGAUGAGAUUGAUGUGAUACCAACUGGUGACGUUGAAGUGCUUCAUAUCUGGAACUCAACCGUCGGAGAGACUGUUCCCGGCAGUAUACACGACAAGAUUCAUGAGCAGGCUCUUUCUCAGCCAGGGGCCCAGGCAGUGUGCGGCUGGGACGGGGAGCUGACUUACGCUGAGCUUACAGGCAUGUCCGACCGGCUUGCUCAUCACUUACGAAACUUAGGGGUGCGUGAGGAAGUGAUGGUGGGGCUUUGUUUUGAUAAGUCCAUGUGGACCAUUGUGUCCAUGAUCGCUGUUCUCAAAUCUGGUGGUGUAAUUGUGCCUCUUGGGGUUCAGAUGCCUGUCCAGCGUCUGCAGCAUAUCCUGAACGAGAUCACAGCCCCAGUUGUUCUGACCAUGGACAAACAUGCCUCCAAACUCAGGGAUAUUACCUCUGCCAACGUCCUAACUAUUGAUGGUGGAUUUAUAGCAACACUACCCAACCCUUGUCAUCCCCCCAGCGAGAGUAGUCUGACAUCUGAAAGUGCGGCUGUGGUCAUAUACACCUCAGGUUCAACCGGUACACCCAAGGGUGUUGUCCUCACACAUGGGACAAUCUGCACAAGUAUAGAAAGCCAUGGGCCAAAACUUCAAAUGGGUCCAAAUACUAGAGCAUUACAAUACUCCGCUUAUGUUUUCGACCUCAGCCUUCUCGAUAUCCUGUCUACUCUUCGCUUCGGCGGUUGUGUCUGCGUCGUCUCGGAGGAAGAUCGUGUUGAUACCAACAGUCUUACUACAAAGAUGGAGGCUAUGGCCGUGAACUUUGCAGUCCUCACGCCCACAGUCGCCAGUCUUAUUGACCCUCGGACAGUACCGACGCUGUCGACCUUAGUUUUAGCCGGAGAAGUUGUUCCACACAGCGCCGUCGAAACCUGGGCAAGUCAUGUCACCCUCUUUAAUGGGUAUGGACCAGCAGAAUCUACCAUUCUUGCGACUACCAACGGCCCGAUUAUUGAGAAAGAGCAAGCUUCUAGUGUUGGCACGGCCCUUGCUGGCGCUAUCUGGGUGGUUGACACACAAGAUCACAACCGUCUCGUUCCAUUGGGCGUAGUUGGUGAGCUUCUCAUCUCAGGGCCGCUAGUUGCACGUGGCUAUCUAAAUGACACCGAGCGAACUUCACAAUCCUUCAUCACGGAUCCUGCCUUUGUUUCUAAAUACGGCUUCCAUUCCUGGGCUGGAAAGCGAAUCUACAAGACUGGUGAUCUGGUCAGGCAAGAUCCGACUGAUGGUUCAAUCAUGUUUGUCGGCCGAGCGGAUGGUCAGAUCAAGAUACGCGGUCAACGUGUCGAGGUCGGUGAGAUUGAGUACUGGCUUCGGCAACACUUCGACACCCAAACUGUCGCUGUUGACGUUAUUGGUGCAAGCACAGGCGACGUAGCCUUAGUGGCUGCUAUCGAGUUGCGCAAGGAUCGUUCCAGCAACGAAUGUGUCUUCCUGGACGUCAACCAUCAGCUCAGAGAAUCAUUCCUACAGCUGCAGGCGGCCCUUCUCAAAGCAUUACCCUCAUACAUGGUACCCUCGAAGUACAUUCCCAUCAAGAACAUGCCAAAUACAGCCUCUGGUAAGCUAGACAGAAGAGCACUUCGAACCUUGAUAGGGGGCCUAAAAGAGGAGCAGCUUGCACAGUACAGCCUGGCUGAUGGUGGCAAUGUCGCGCUUUCGACUGAGACCGAACGCCGUUUGGCCAGAGUCUGGGUAGCCGCUCUCAACACCUCAAAAGAAUUCGGCGCCAACGCUCAUUUCUUCCGCGUUGGUGGUGACUCGGUCACUGCUAUGCGCCUAGUCGCUUUAGCUCGAACCGCACAGCCUCCUAUCCUGUUAUCUGUCAGUGACGUAUUCAAGCAUCCCGUUCUCUCGGACAUGGCCAAUACAAUUGCUAAUUCAGAAUCCACUGAGAACUGUCAAUAUGACAACGAUGUGCCACCGUUUUUGCUGUUGCCCUACCCUCAACAUGAGAGACAGGCACGUCUCCAGGAGAUUGCCUCGCAGUGCAAAGUUGAAGUCGACGUCAUUGAAGAUGCUUACCCGUGCACACCUUUGCAGCAAGGUCUCAUGGCAAUCACAGCUCAACACCCUCAGGCAUAUAUCAGUCGGUGGGUCUUCCGUUUGGAAGACACCAUCGAUGAGUCUCGCUUUUGCCAAGCUUGGAGAACGUUGGUUGAACUUAAUCCAAUUUUACGUACUCGCAUUAUACAAGAUCCCAAGGCUGGUGGAAUGCAAGUGGUUCUUCAGCAGCAAAUAACAUGGAAUAACGUCCUGUCCGAGCUGCCGUCUUAUAUCGCAGAGGACUCUGCAAAGCCCAUGGGCUUCGGAGAUCCGUUGGUGCGUUUGGCAGUUGUAACCAGCAGACAGGCGCGAUUCUUCGUUUGGACUGCCCACCAUAGCACGUAUGACGGAUGGACAGCCCGAAAGUUGAUGGAGGCUGCUUUUGCACUCUACUCCAAUAAUCCCGCGCCGUCUUUCCAUCCAUUCACUCGCUUUGUGCAGUAUCUGCAGUCAAACUCUGCCGAGGAGACCCGCGACUACUGGAAGUCUCAACUCGAGGGUGGCAUAGGCCCUAGCUUCCCCGGGUCUCCGAAGAACGGUUCUCCCAGGAAGCUCAGAAUUCAAAGUUGCCGCAUUCCCGCCAAUAACAGCAAUGACUUUACUCUCUCCACGCUCCUGAGAGCUACAUGGGCACUAAUCCUGUCCCAGGAAACUGGAAGCCAAAUCGUAGGCUUCCCAACAGCGCUUUCAGGUCGCACUGCUCCAGUGGAUGGGAUUCUGGACGUCUUGGGGCCUACCAUUACCACUGUGCCUAUUCGCGUUUCUGUUGACCCUGCCCAGAGCCUCUCGGCGUACUUGGCCUCAAUCCAGCAACAAGCCACAGAAAUGCUACCGUUUGAGCAUGCUGGUCUUCACAACAUUAGCCGGAUGACGUCGUUGCCUCUCAACUUCCAGCAUCUUUUUGUCGUCCAGCCCGCAGUUGACCGUCUCGACCAGGCAAACUCCGGCUUCCAAGGACUUACGCCUGUGCCGUUUGAGACAUAUGGAUUCCACAAUUAUCCUCUUGUAAUAGAGUGCAGCACUAACAUGACCGAUACUGACAGUGCUGUUGAUUUGCAACUUCAAUUCGACCCUGCUGUCCUCUCUGUGGAGAAGGCAACAACGAUCUUGGAACGCUUUACCCACGUAUUUGGACAGCUCCAGAGCGCUGCAAAUGAAGCGACAUGCGAGGUCCUGGUAAGCGACGUUAUCUUCAUGACGCCGGAGGACCUGGGUCGGAUCCAGAAAUGGAACCAUUUCGAUGAAAGAAUGACCAUGGCUGAUGGCUGUAUCCACGAUCUCGUUCAUCACCAACUACUUUCUUGCCCCGAUGCGCAGGCUGUCCAUGCCUUCGACGGACAUUUGACAUACCGAGAACUCCAUCGUCUUGCCACCCGACUUGCCUACCAUCUUGAAGGUCUAGGCGUAGGUCCCCAAGUGCCGGUCGCUACUAUUUUCGAAAAAACCAAAUGGGUGGUGGUCACCUACUUGGCCGUACUAAAAGCAGGAGGAACAAUAGUGCCAGUCAAUCAUCAGCAUCCCAAGCAGCGUAUGCAGGCUUUGGUGCAGAGCAUCGGUACUCGAGUCAUCUUGACCUCACAAGACCCUGGACGCCUCCAAGGUCUUGUCACUGGUCCUGUUCUAAAGGUCGAUCAAGACUUUUUCACGCAGCUUCCUGAUUCCGACAACCCUCACCCAGUUGUACAAGCUACAGACUCCGCCUUUAUCAUUUUCACUUCUGGUUCGACAGGGACCAGCAAAGCCGUGGUGCUUCAACACGGUGCCAUUGUUUCGAGCAUGGUACAAGGCCACGGCUCACUCUACGCAAGCCCCGACACUCGAGCGAUACAGUUCUCCGCCUUGAACUUCGAUAUCAGUAUCGCCGAGAUAUUCACGACUCUUUCCUUUGGUGGCUGUGUAUGCGUUAUUUCAGAAGAUGAUCGUGUCAGUCGCCUCGCGGAGGCAAUGGAGGAGGCUGCUGUCAACUUCGCCAUCCUCACACCUACAGUUGCUAGUCUUCUCAAACCUGAACAGGUGCCUUCUCUCAGAAGAUUGCUACUUGUGGGCGAAGCUCUUCGCCCUGAAGUUGCUGAGCCAUGGAGCUCCAGUCACGUCGAACUUCACAACGCGUAUGGGCCUGCAGAGUCAAGCAUCCUGACGACUUUCAGCCAGCGCAUUAGGGACCCAGUUCAAGCACCCAAUAUCGGCUUUCCCUUGGCACAUAGUAACCUGUUCGUCGUUGAUCCGUCCAAUUACCACAAUCUGCUUCCCGUUGGCAUGGUCGGCGAGCUGCUUAUCGAAGGACCUCUGUUAGCUCGGGAAUAUCUUGGGGAUGCGAAGAAAACUGCCGAGGCGUUUGUGACCGACCCAGCCUGGCUACAGCAAUACGAUCUAGGCCCCGUUUCCGGGAGAAGAUUCUACAGGACUGGAGAUCUUGUUCAGCAGAAGUUGGACGGCUCUUUCAUUUACAUUGGUAGACGGGAUACCCAAGUCAAGAUUCAUGGGCAACGUGUUGAGAUUGGAGAAAUUGAGUUCUGGGUGAAGAACAAACUCCCAGAUGUACGUGAAGUUGUGGCAGGCCUGUUUAAACCUAUUUACGAAGAGGAUGAGCCCCUCCUGGCUGUUGCGAUGGAAGUGCCAUCAAGCUCUGUUGAAUCGUCCGGCUUGCUAUCACUGUCCGACGAACUUCGCGAAGCAUUUGGCGAACUCCGCCGCAACCUCCUUACUGUUGUACCUUCGUACAUGGUCCCCCAACUAUACCUGCCAUUCGCCAAACUACCACUUACAGAUUCCGGCAAACUCAAUCGUCGAGCAACGUGGGAAAUGAUUCACAGUUGCGGGUCAUGGUCGCAGUAUUUCCUGGUGGAUGAUAUUAAGGCAGAGCCCGCUACUGUCACCGAACGCCUUUUGCAAAGUCUAUGGGCGACGGUCCUCAAGGUUCCUGCCUCUUCCAUAGGCGCAAAAGACGACUUUUUCCGCUCUGGUGGAGACUCUAUCUCGGCUAUGCGACUUGUUGCCAGCGCCCGUGAGGACGCUCAUAUUUCGUUGAAGGUGGCGGAUGUCUUCCGUCAUCCAAUACUAUCCGACAUGGCCACACUGAUAGAUCGAAAAACAACUGUGACAAAGCCAGCAUAUUGCCCGUUCUCUACAAUGACUGAUGAUUAUGCCAUCCGCGACUCCAUCAAGCCUCUCCUCUCAGUACCCAGCGAGAUAAUUGACGUUGCGCCUACCACGGACCUCCAGUCUCUUUCGAUUGCCACAUCGUUGCGACCCUCUCGUGACCUAAUGGCGUACGUUAGUAUUGAUGGAAUUGGCAGCCCUAAUUUUGCCCGAUGGAGAGCGUCUUGCUUGGAGGUAGUCAAGAAGCACGAUAUCCUUCGAACGGCUUAUGUCGUGUACAAAAAUCAACUCCUUCAGGUUGUUCUUCGAGAUUACGCCCCUGCUGUAACCCACUAUCAGACAGAUCAGUCUAUCGAAGAAUUCACCAAAGAGUUCAUCGCGCAUGACAUGCAUCGACCACCCCAACUGGGUUACCCCUUCCUUGAGUUUGCCAUCAUCUGCUCUCCCGUCGCCAACCGGCAUCGCGUCCUUUUCCGACUAAGCCACGCCGAGUACGAUGCGAUAUCAUUAUCGUACUUUGUCAACUCAUUGAGAGAGAUCUACCAGCGCCAGUCCACCACGGAGUACGUUGGCUUCCCCCAGUAUAUUUCCAGCCUCGCGAACCAGGACACCUGGUCUAGUCGUGAGUACUGGCGCUCGCUCCUCAAAGGCUGUACAAUGCCGGCCAUCAGCUCAUCCUCGCAACCCAGACGUCUACCAUCUAGACAGGUCUACCACGAUUCUCGCCGUGUUAGUUUCAAAACCCUUCCAGCAGGCAUCACUCUCUCAACGAUCGUGCGAUCGGCGUGGGCUCUGACCCUAGGCCAACACGUAGGGAACCCAGACGUACUCUUUGGGGAGGUCGUCUCAGGCCGCAACGGCGACCCCAUUGCCGAAAGAGCAGCCGGAUGCUGCGCAAAUCUCGUUCCUGUGCGCGCUACUAUCCACCCAGCCUGGACCACACAUGACCUCCUCAGAUCUGUGCAGCAACAGCUUGUUUCCCGCCUGCCGCACGAAUCCCUCGGAUUCCGCGACUUGAUGCGCAACUGUACGGAUAUGCCAGUUGGUACAGUCUUCACCUCGCUCCUGAACCAUCUGGACCAAGCAUCCGAGUGGACGCUUGACCUUGAUGAUGGGAAAUACAAUGUCUCUGUUGCGAAGACUGAAGGUGCGGGUGAUGUCUCUGAUGUGUCGGUUACAUCGACUGCUAGUACAGACUAUGUUGAGAUUGCCAUGGCUUACCUCGAAGAUGGGGUUACUGUCGAGGUUGCGGAGAAGCUACUCAGUCAACUGUGCGAGACUGUUGAUGCGUUUAUGAACGGGGCUCUGGAUGCUGAGCUACCUACUGUUGAUUGUGUGUCUGAGCUAAAUGCUCAAGGAGUGAAUGAAGCUCCAAAGUUUGAAGGCGAUCUGGUUGAUGCCAGUCUUGUUGCCUUUGAACUCCAGAAGAGAGGUCAUGAAGUAACUGUUGAUGAAGUUGUUGACCGAGGCCUUAGUCUGUCUGGUGUCUGA